AUGGCCCAAACGGACCAAAAGAAGAAUGAACUGGUAGUCCAAACCAUCGAUGAUGAAGCCGCGACAAAGAGUCUGCCGUCCGACGACGAGAUCACCACGAAGAGUCGACCUUCUUCCACCGAGCAGGCGAGGGUCAAAGUGCCAUGGUGGUCGUACAUCUGGGAUUACGAACCCGGGAGAUCCAAGGAAGAGGUCGCCUUCGUCCGGCGGCUGGACAUCUUCGUUCUGACCAUCUUGUCACUGGGAUACUUCGUCAAAAAUCUCGAUCAAACGAACAUCGCCAACGCCUACGUCUCCGGCAUGAAAGAGGACCUGUCAAUGAACAAGAACGAGAUCAACCUCAUCGACGUCGCCUGGACCUGCGGCUACGUCGUCGGCCAGAUCCCUUCGCAGAUUCUGUUGACCAAAAUCAGGCCCUCGAUUUGGAUCCCCAGCUGCGAGCUCGCCUGGACAGUAUUGACAUUCAGCUUGGCUGCCGUCACCUCGUCUCAGCACGUCGUUGCGAUACGCUUCUUCGUCGGAUUGUUCGAGAGUAUCUUCUAUCCAGCGGCACAUACCAUUCUCGGGUCGUGGUAUAAGCCGUCGGAGCUGGCGAAAAGAGCGUGCAUCUUUCACGCGUCGAGUGCGUUGGCGCAAAUGUUCAGCGGCUACCUUCAGGCGGGAGUGUACAAAGGAUUGAACGGAGCACACGGCUUGCCUGGCUGGAAGUGGCUCUUCAUAAUGGAUGGAAUCAUCUCCCUUCCCAUCGCCUGCGCCGGCUUCUUCCUCAUUCCAGAUCUCCCAGAAAACUCCCGCGCCUUCUACCUAACAUCCGCACAGGUAACCCUCGGCCGCGAGCGAAUGGAAUCCGUCGGUCGAGCGCCACGCAAACACUUGGGAUGGUGCACAUGGAAGCGCAUUUUCGGAAGCUGGCAUGUCUACCUGCUGACAUUGCUGUACAUCAUCUUCAUCAACGGCCCUUCAAGCUCCGUCAACCCCUUUGCUAUCUGGCUCAAGUCCGAGAAAUAUCCCAUUUCCUUGGUCAAUAUCAUUCCGACGGCACAAGCCGCCGUGCAAUUCGUGCUGACCGUCUCCCUUGCCAUCGUCUCGGACUACUACCGCAACCGCGCAGGAGUGAUGACGAUAGCCACGGCUUUUGGCCUCGCCGUGUCGAUCGUAUUGGCGAUCUGGCACGUACCCAAAGGAGCGAAGUGGUGGGCCUUUAUCAUGUUCCGAGCUUAUGUGCCGUAUGGUCCACUGGCGAUGGCCUGGGCGAACGAAAUUUGCAGCUCCGACGCCGAGGAGCGAAGCAUUGUCAUCGGCAUGAUGAACUCCUUUGGCUACGCCGUUCAGGCAUGGCUGCCGUACCUGACAUUCCCGGGAGUCGAUUCGCCUCGGUUCUUGAAGGGCUGGAUCUUCAGUACAUGCGCGUUCGUGGCUCAGGGUUUCGUGACGUGGACGGUCUGGGCGAUGUUCAGAAGGGACAGGAGGAAGAAGCUUGGUCAGGCCUAG